CCUAACGGCUCUUGCACUUCCGGGAACAUCUGGGCUCCCCUGGGCCAGCCCUGAACUCUGAGAACACCUUGACCUUCCCCCUUCGCUCCUCCUCUCACGCUGCCUGCCAGCUGCCUGCCCUUCCUCCACCGGCGCCCCCAGCAGCCCUCCACCAGGACAGGCUGACUUCCACGGCCACCAGUUUCCUGACGCUAUUGGCCUGAAGCUCCAGGAGAGCCGGCCCCCAUCCCACCCCGCCCCUGCACGCCCUGCUCCUCUCCACUAUGGACAGAGCCUCAGCUGAGUGGCUGCCUGCCGGCCACACACCCCGCUGACAUGGGCACCGGCAGAGCCUCGCAGCUGUUCUGGGCGAUCCUGGGCUUGCUGAUGCUCCGAGGACACAACUUCCAGCCCAUGACAACUCAGACUUCUCAGGGAACCCUCAGCAAUCAAAGUCUUGUCACAGAGCCAACUUCUGCCACCACAGGAAACAGAUCUUCCCCAGAUCCUGGCAACCUUAAGCUUCUGGUCAGCACCAGUACCCCAGCAGCUGCACAGAAGGCCUCACACAGCCCCCACAUGUCAAAUAAGCCUGGAACACCAAGGGUAAACUCCAAGGAUGGCCACUUCCUGUCCCUGCUGGGGCAGCCCCAGAAGAACACGUCAGAACUUAAAACAUCUCAAAAUGCUACUCCCAGUGCAAUCACAAUGAGCCUGAGGACAAGGGAAGACCUGACCAUCCUGCCCAGCCCCACGUCAGAAACAGUGCUCACGGUGGCUGCCUUUGGUGUUAUCAGCUUCAUCGUCAUCCUGGUGGUUGUGGUGAUUGUCCUAGUGGGUGUGGUCAGUCUAAGGUUUAAGUGUCGGAAGAACAAAGAUUCUGAAGACCCUCAGAAACCAGGGAGUUCGGGGCUAUCUGAGAGACUUCCUUCCCAUCCCAGCUGCUCCACAGCCAAUGGAGAGAAAGACAGCAUCACUCUCAUCUCCAUGAAGAACAUCAACAUGAACAACAGCAAAGCCUGCCCCUCUGCAGAGAAGGUUCUUUAAAAGUGAUUUUGGGUCCAAGGAUGAUGCAGCUGCUCCGUGACUGUGAGGAGGAAAAAAUGAGAUUGCCUCAAAAAAAAUCAGACCCCUCUAAAUCAUCUGAGAUGAAUACUCUUCUCAGAUGAAGAAGUAGAAAUGGCAAAUAAAUAUAUGAAAAAAUGUU